UGCUCGGUGCGAGUGGUUUGUUUUUCUUCGCAGCGGGAAUUCACAUUUGGAUUUUCAGAAGAAAAAAACACCAGCGGCAGCAGGUUGCAGUCAAAUUGGAAAGAAAAUCAUCCAGACGGUGCACAAAAAUAGUUUUCAUAUUCAAAACCAAAGGAAAUUCAGCGUUUUCAUCGUUUUACAACAUAUAGAAGUCCUUAAACGUAUCACAAUCGGCGUUAAAAAUCAAAAACCUACAGUGACGCAGUAAAAAUACUUCGUCUACUUCAUAACCCAUUAUGAUUUAAUAAGCAUUUCGAAAAGCAACAAAAUUGUGCCAAUAUUCACCACAAUAAAAUAAUUAAAUAAUUAAUACCCUCAUAUAAAUAACCGUGCCAAUAAAACUUAAAAUAAUUGUGGCUAAAUGAUGCCGAAAAUAUGUGCUAAGUAAAUUUUUUCAAAUAACAAACAACGGUAUCUUCGUCGGCAUUAAAUGUCAAACUGUAAGGUAUAAAAAUAGCCAACAUUUUGACACCCAGCCACAAAAUGUUGUAAAUUAUCGCGUCUGGAAGACGUAGACGCCCAAUUCAAAAACACACAAAAAAUCAAAUCAAAUAGCAAUAAAAAAUCUCUAUACUUCAUCGAAGAAAUUAAGUUGGUUUCCUGCAUGGGGAACAAUCUGAUAACGAGUGGAAAACCGAGUCAGCGCCGGGAGAAGAAAUUUUUGGAGAGGCUGAGCUCCGGCGACGCUCAGACUCCCGGAAAGAUGGAGUUCAAGAUGAAUCGUCUCAUGGCUCUGGCGCGCUCCAUCAAGACAUCGCCCACUCCACCGGGGACUCCCGAUGACCUGGACUGCGCUGAUCCAACUCCCAUUGACAUUCUGCCGAACGAGAUGUGGCUGGAAAUCAUGACCUACUUGUCGUACAAUGAUCUGCAGCAACUGCGCAUGGUGUCCACCCAGUGCAGGGAUCUGGUCAGCAGACGCCACUUCAUGGAAAAGGGAAAGGUGAUUGUUACCCAGCAAAACCUGGAGGCACUUUACAAGCACGUCCAGCGCGGCAACUCCAAUCUGGGCUUCGAGCGAAUCGAGCUAAGGAAUUUGCGCCAAAGCCGCCAGCUAGAGAACUUUAUGCGCUUGGUUGGCAAGGAUGUGAAGCAUCUGCUGUUGCGCCACUCGCCGGUCUUCAAGAAUGUGGACGGCAGGAUGCCAAACUUGAAGAAGUUAACCAUUGCCACCACCAGCUCGAUGGAUACCCAUCAAAAUAAGCCCAUGGAUGGGUUGAAUCUGAAGCAGUUCUCCCAGCUGGUGGGCUUUGCGUGCGAUGGCGUCAGCCUGGACCCCUCGAUGAAGCUGUCGAUGCUGAUGCAACUCCGAAGGUCGGAGACCAAGGUGCACCUGCGCCACUUGCAGUUCGAGUACAAGCGGAACAACGAGAACGUUCUGCUUGAGGUUCUUCGGGAUCAUUCGGACACUUUGGAGUCUUUGGACAUCUUCUUCAGCUGCUCCCCUGGACUGGACACCCAGCCCUGGACCGAUACCUUGGAGUGCAUGGAGAACAUACGCACUCUGAAGCUCUCCGGUAACUGUCAUCUGGCGCUUUUAGAAGCCAUCAUUAGAGCCGUCCCCCGAGAAGCUCCUCUUGAACAAUUGGAUCUCACUGGAAUGCUGACUCUUACUAACGAGUUACUUCUCUACCUGGCCGGAAAGUGGGACAAGUCGUUGAAGAUCCUCGAUCUCAUGUUUUGCGUUCAAUUGAAUUCCUCGUGCGUUGAAGCUUUGCGAAAGCUAAGCGGCCAGUUGAAGACGUUGACAAUGGCCUAUUGCCGGGAGCUGACUGGUGUGGGACUGCUUCAAGGACUAGCCUUUGAGACGAACUAUGCCCUCCAGGACCUGCAUCUAGAGGAGGUUUGCUUCAUCGAUGAGAAUUCCAUGUGCGAGAUGCUGGAGCGCCUGCCCAACCUAAGGCGUCUCAGCUUGGACAAUUGUCGCCAGGCGGUGACCGAUCGAACCAUGGCCACUAUUUGCAAAUAUCAAACUGGUUUAAGGAACCUGAACAUCGAUUACUGUGUGAAAAUCACUGAUCAGGGGCUGAUGGGAUUCGGCGAGGAUCCUUAUCCGAUUAGUCGCCUCAAGGGACUGAAGGAGCUGAAUAUUCGGGGCUGCCGCAAUCUCACCGAUCGCGUACUCAAGUAUGCCCUGAAGCUACCGGAGCUGCGAGCUUUGUCUCUUGGUUAUUGCACUCGAUUCCAGACGGAAGGAUUCGAGGCACUGACCAAUAAUUGCCCCUCUUUGGAGUCGCUGUGUACGUCCAGUUGUGUGGCGGUGGAUGAUGACACGGUGCGAGAGUUUGUGAGGAAUUUGAAACGGCUGCGCGUUCUCAACUUGAGCAACUGCAGCAAGUUGACUAUUCAGUCCAUCUACCACAUCCUGCGGUAUGGGCACAACCUAGUGGAGCUGAUUGCUUGCUCCAUUGAUUUGGAUCACGAACAGGCCCAGCGGAUCCUUGAGCGGCAGAGGCCACAAAUGAAGCAGGUGCUCCUAUAGCAGGAGAGGUACAUUCACUGACAAAACGAGUCGCCUCCACCCCACAAUAACUGGGGCCUCAGAGAGGAUAAUUUCGACGACGACACCGACACGGAAAUUAUCGAGAUUGUGGUUUAGAAACCAGUCCAGUGGCGAUGAAAUAUGAUGAAGCUUAGCGUCCAUCAUUUUUAUUUACUUUACGAACUCUAAUACAACUUUUGAGGUGAAAACUUAGAUAUAAUUUUACUCAUUCAGACAAAACACAAGCCAAAUAUCAAAGUACAAUUUCACUACCCACCCAAAAUGGUCUAAGCAUUUCCAUGUUUAAUAUUUUAGCACAAACGAGGCUAUUUACAAUCGAUUUAUAAGGAUCUCUGAUUUUAAACACUUUCGGAUCGAGCAAUACUUACCAGCUAAGGUAUAAGCUAUACUAACUUUAGAUGUAAUGAGUCCAGACUAUAAUCCUACAGCCCGAAGAGCUUAAAUUUCUGAUUGUCUAUAAGGUCAACGAACUGCUAAGAAAAAUAUAUGUGUACUUUUGCCAACUACAUAAAAUAAUUAAUCAAUGUGUAUCUGUGUGAAGUAAAAGUAUAUCCACAAAUAUUUUUAACCAACAAUAACUAAUCAUGUAUGGAUAACGCAAAAGAAUCUAGAAGUGGAAGAAGGUUUCGUGCUUGAUGAAAAGAAAAGAGGCUGGUAGUAUAAGUUGAAGUUAGAAGAACCAUAACCUUAAUCACAUAUAAUAAUCAUUUUUGAGAAAAGUUUUUAAGAAAUCGUACGAUUUAUGUGCAAGGAAAGUAAACUUUCUGAUCGGGAAAUUAUGUAACUUUUGGAAUAUAUUCUUUUGAAGAAAUGUACUUUACUUACUCAAUUUUAUAACAUUUACUAAAUGUUAAAUGUGUUAUAAGUUUAAAAACAAUAUAAUAGUAUACCCUCUAGGGGAAAACUUUUAUGGAUGUGCUACAUAUUUACAUACAUACAUACAUCAAUAUUAUAACAAUAUUCAACUUCUUUUGAAGAAUCUAAUAAAUAUGAAUUACAUACUUAAA